GGCGCACUCCAGCCGAGCGGGGGCGCCCGGCUGGGGAGCGGAGCCAAGGCUAGUCACGUGAGACCCGCGGCACUUCGCUCCUCAAUUUCCCUAAAUGGACUUAGACGGGGUUCCCCGCCUCUCUCCACGCUCUGGAAUGCGGGCAGAGGAGAGCUCCAGGACAGGCGCAACCAUCUGCUGAAGGGGGGGGAGGAAACAGAAUCACAGUUCAAACGCAGACGCGAGAAAGACGAAGAGUCAGUAAUUAGACCGAGAGGUCCUCCACACGGUCAUUUCAGCCCUAAACUCCCCGUUCGGUACUUCUCAUCGGCGCCCUGAGCCCGCCAUCUGCUCUGACACCUUCCCUGAGGUCCCCCUCCCGUCAGGGCUGGCCCAUAGAGGCGGCGGAGAAUGGCCGCCAGGCUUCCUUCCGGUUUGCGAGCGGAGGCCGGAAGUGGCCGUUCUUGGGCGGCUGGAAAGUUAGAAAGUCUGUGAGGGCGGCGGCAAAGCUUCGCAGAGACGCUCACUCUUGGUUCUCGCAGCUGAGCAGGGAUUUAACCGCCACCAUGUCGAGCAAAAGAGCGAAGACCAAGACCACCAAGAAGCGCCCUCAGCGCGCAACGUCCAACGUGUUCGCCAUGUUUGACCAGUCCCAGAUCCAGGAGUUCAAAGAGGCCUUCAACAUGAUCGACCAGAAUCGGGACGGCUUCAUCGACAAGGAGGACCUGCACGAUAUGCUGGCUUCAAUGGGAAAAAAUCCAACUGAUGAAUACCUGGACGCCAUGAUGAACGAGGCCCCGGGCCCCAUCAAUUUCACCAUGUUCCUCACCAUGUUUGGAGAGAAGCUGAACGGCACCGACCCUGAGGACGUCAUCAGAAACGCCUUCGCUUGCUUCGAUGAGGAAGCGAUCGGCACCAUCCAGGAGGAUUACCUGAGGGAGCUGCUGACCACCAUGGGCGACCGCUUCACAGAUGAGGAAGUGGAUGAGCUGUACAGGGAGGCCCCCAUCGACAAAAAGGGGAAUUUCAACUACAUCGAGUUCACGCGCAUCCUCAAGCACGGAGCGAAGGACAAAGAUGACUGAAGAGCUGUGGCUUCCAGCCAAACGUCCCUGUUGCCAUUGGGGUAUUUCUGAGAUUUUCCUCCUGGAGCCGGUCGCAUGCCCUUGCUUUCCUGCCUUUUGCCUUUCUUGUUUUGUAUUUAUUCUCAGCCACUUUGGGCCACGUGUACCUUUAUCAUCAGACUGGAAACGGGACUUUCUGUCAUUGUCCGAUGAGAACGUAAGGUGAUUUAACUUACAGACAGUCUUGUCCCUUGUAAUAACUGCAGCCACAGAGUCAGUAUAUUUUUUCAGAGAAAGUUAUCCACUCAAUUUUUUCUGAAUGAUAAUUAAACUUUCUGAUAAAAUA